AGGGGGCAGCAUGGCCUGUCCGUCCGGCCCCCUUCGCCGCGCUCCUCAUCUGCCCCGCGCCGAGCGCUGCCGCCGCCGCCGCCGCCGCCGCUCCGCUGCCCGCGCCGCCCGCGGCUCCCGAUGGAGACUGACGCGCCCCAGCCCGGCCUCGCCUCCCCGGACUCGCCGCACGACCCCUGCAAGAUGUUCAUCGGGGGACUCAGUUGGCAGACUACGCAGGAAGGGCUGCGCGAAUACUUCGGCCAGUUCGGGGAGGUGAAGGAGUGUCUGGUGAUGCGGGACCCCCUGACCAAGAGAUCCAGGGGUUUCGGCUUCGUCACUUUCAUGGACCAGGCGGGGGUGGAUAAAGUGCUGGCGCAAUCGCGGCACGAACUCGACUCCAAAACAAUUGAUCCCAAGGUGGCCUUUCCUCGACGAGCACAACCUAAGAUGGUGACUCGAACGAAGAAGAUCUUUGUGGGGGGGCUAUCAGUGAACACCACGGUGGAGGACGUGAAGCAAUAUUUUGAGCAGUUCGGGAAGGUGGACGAUGCCAUGCUGAUGUUUGACAAAACCACCAACCGGCACCGAGGGUUCGGGUUUGUCACGUUUGAGAGCGAGGACAUCGUGGAGAAAGUGUGUGAAAUUCACUUCCAUGAAAUCAACAACAAAAUGGUGGAAUGUAAGAAAGCUCAGCCAAAAGAGGUGAUGUCGCCAACAGGCUCGGCCCGGGGGAGGUCUCGAGUCAUGCCCUACGGAAUGGACGCCUUUAUGCUGGGCAUCGGCAUGCUGGGUUACCCCGGUUUCCAAGCCACAACCUACGCCAGCAGGAGUUAUACAGGCCUCGCCCCUGGCUAUACCUACCAGUUCCCCGAAUUCCGUGUAGAGCGGACCCCUCUCCCGAGCGCCCCAGUCCUCCCCGAGCUUACAGCCAUUCCUCUCACUGCUUACGGACCAAUGGCAGCAGCGGCGGCAGCAGCGGCUGUGGUUCGAGGGACAGGCUCUCACCCCUGGACGAUGGCUCCCCCUCCAGGUUCGACUCCCAGCCGCACAGGGGGCUUCCUGGGAACCACCAGCCCCGGCCCCAUGGCGGAGCUCUAUGGGGCAGCCAACCAGGACUCGGGGGUCAGCAGUUACAUCAGUGCUGCCAGCCCCGCCCCCAGCACUGGCUUCGGCCACAGUCUUGGGGGCCCCUUGAUUGCCACAGCUUUCACCAAUGGGUACCACUGAAGCAGGAGACAGGUGGCAGGAGCGCCCCAGCCUGCAGCUGACUGAGGACCACGAGUGAGCCAGCGAGGGGGCGGGACACCUCAGCCGCAGCCGCCGCCCCCUCCCCCGCAGCGACUCGGACCGCUACUGCCUGCCCCCGACCCCGGGCCCGGCCCCUGCCCUGCUGCCCCUGGAUGGCAUCGGGCUCCCCUACUAACCGCCCCUCCUCUGCCCCUGGCCCCCUCCCCCGCCUGCCCCUCUCCUGCCCGCUUUUAUUUAUUUUGGAUUAGCCGGUUGCCCCCCACCACCCCUG